AUGGGCUACCCCGACACUUUUACAGGUUUCUGCGUCGAUGGACCAAAGUCGUGGAAUAAAUUCCACAAGUCUGAAUUGCAGCCCAAACCAUUCGGUGACCACGACAUCGACGUCGAAAUCGCAGCCUGCAGCAUUUGCAGCUCAGACGUUCACACAGUCACAGGAGGAUGGGGUGAAUAUCAAGGUCCAUUGUGCGUCGGCCACGAAGUUGUCGGCAAAGCAGUCAAGGUUGGAGUGCACGUCAAGAACUUAAAGGUCGGCGACCGCGUAGGAGUCGGCGCUCAAGUCUGGGCAUGCCUCGAAUGCGAUCUGUGCAAAGACAAGAAUGAAAAUUAUUGCCCCAAAUUGGUCGAUACAUACAACUCACAGUAUCCGGAUGGCAGCUGGGCUCACGGUGGAUUCGCAUCACAUAUUCGGGCCCAUGAAUACUUCACAUUCAAGAUCCCAGAUAAGUUGGAGACGAACGUCGCGGCGCCGCUUCUCUGCGCUGGCAUCACAACAUACUCUCCCCUGGUCAGAGCUAAUAUCGGCCCCGGCAAGAAAGUAGGCGUCGUGGGAAUUGGCGGCCUGGGCCAUAUUGCCGUACAGUUCGCGGCUGCUCUAGGCGCAGAGACAUAUGCUCUCACUCACUCCCCCAACAAGGCGGAUGACUGCAAACAGCUUGGUGCGAAAGAUGUCAUCGUGACUACCAAAGAAGGUUGGAACGAGCCUUGGAAAUCCAAGUUUGACAUCGUUAUGAACUGCGCAGAUGUCACGGACAAGUUUGACAUGUCGGCAUAUCUAUCCAUUCUUAAGCCCGGCGGCGACUUUCACAUGGUCGGCAUUCCAGAUAACCCGCUGCCUGAAAUGUCUGCCGGCUUAUUUGCUGGAGGUGCGCCGAAGUUGACUGGAAGUCAUCUUGGCAACCACCAGGAGAUGGAUGCACUUCUCAAGCUUGCGGCUGAGAAAGGAGUUCGACCGUGGGUUGAGGUCAUGCCUAUCUCUGAAAAGAACUGUGGGGAAGCGUUUGAGAAACAGAAGGAAAGCAAAUUUCGGUACCGAUGUACUCUGGCCGGGUUUGAUAAGGCGUUUGGUACGGCCUGA